CUCUCGCGAGUGAGUCUCGGUUUUUCGGUCCGAAACUAACGGCGCUAUGCAAUCUUCAGGCCCCGCUUCUCCACACCUCGGUUUCGGGGGUCUCCCGAAUAAUCCUACCUGAGAAAGAAGCUCAGAGGAAGAGGAAAGAAAGGAGAAGGAAUGGCCCUUUCCCAGGGACUGUUUAUGUUCAAGGAUGUGGCCAUCACGUUCUCUCAGGAGGAGUGGGAAUGCCUGGACCCUGCUCAGAGGGCCUUGUACAGGGACGUGAUGCUGGAGACCUACAGGAACCUGCUCUCCCUGGGUGAGGAUAAUUUCCCUCUGAAAGAAGCCAUUCUGCUAGACCUGCAAUCAAGGAGUUAUCACCAAGAGAAAGACGCUGAUAAAGGAGAGUUAUGCCAUGUAGUGGCACUGGAAAGAAAUCAAAACCACGGCAUCAAGGAUUCUGACCUCAAGGAAGUCUGUGCAGAUGUGCAGGAGUGUGAGUGAGUGGGGCUAUGAUGCAAGAGAUUAUGAAGAAGUGCUUUUUACCCAUAACAAAAAUCUCAGAGAGAAGAUCAA